AUGAACUUUGCCAAGUUGAGUUGGCCGGCCAUUCACGGAAAUCACCACUCCACGCCCGUCGCGUUCAGCUUCCCCCAAAGCAUCGUCAUCCGCCCACCGCAGUCGCCCCGACGCGACGAGCGCCCGUCACCCACCAGCGACGAACGACAUUUGCCCUCCCCCCCCUCCUCCACCCCGGCUCAUGCUGGCAUCAUCCACGGCAUCAUGACUGGGCGCACUCGCCGCGGAUCGACCUCGAGCGUCGAAACCGUCAAAAACGACACCUCCGUCCAGUGGUGUCAGGAGGCGUCUGUCCUGCGCUCCGUCCCCAAGACGGAACCCAGCGACGGCUGGCCCAUCUUUCAGCUGCGCGACGCCAUUGUUCUCAAUCGCGACAACACCACAAUUGAGAAUGCGCUUCACAUUGUACCCAACGGUCCCUUUAUCGUGCGCGGCUAUCUACACUUUACCGCCGACGAGAAACGAUUUGUGCUCGUGCGCGGACGAUCACCAAUUCCAAUCGAAAUUAGACACUGUCUGCUGUACUCUGUGGGCGAAACAGAAGAUGGCAGCCCUCAAAUUUGGGUGUCGGGUCGGGCGGGCUGGUUUGAGAUAAGCCCUUGCUCGAGGUACCAGGCAACCUACGACACCAUGUGUCAAGCAACGACACUCUACUAUAAUAUAAUGGAUACCAUCGAGGAGAUGAAUGAAAAACCACAGCGCUCCAAAAAGUCAAAAUCGCCAUCGCAGAAAGAUGUGCUGGCGUCAAUAUUCCACAAGUAUGCCGCCUCUGUGGGCGAUGGUUCAACGUUUGAUGACGUUGUCGAUAGAUGCAAUAAGCAUGCUAUCUUUCUCAUCUCCCAGUUCAUGCAAGACGAAGGCGGGCUGCAGUGGAAGUCGACUGUCUUUUACAGAUGGAUGAAGCUCCAUAACGGUCCACUUUUUGAAAAGAUUGACAAGGCGAAGAAGAACCCGCGCCAACGUACCCGAUCGCCGUCCUUUAUUGAGCCACCGCCGCGCGUGAGCACGAGCCUGUCGAGAACGAGCCUGUCGAGAAAAAGCGAAAGCAUCGAGGAAAUCGAAGAGUCUGCAUCUAAUGCGCCCAACACACGAUUGAAGCAUCGCUCUACCAGCGCCGCGGCACCGCAGACAGUUAUUCCUAUGCAUCCAAGACGAAGCGAACACCCGGCCACACCACCACCUCUGAGUCCUGCCCCUGUAGCGACUGAUGGAGACUCGCCAUUCCAGACUGUGCUGACCGCGCUUGAGAAAUCGUUUGGCUCUAUCAGCCCUGGAAAGACUGGAGUUAAGGUAUCUCAGCUUCUUAACAAGUUGUAUUUUACCUACAAAUUCCCUACCUACAGGGACAGCACCAGUGGCUCACAUAAGCGCCCCGUCGAGGAGGUUCUGCAUUACAACGCCACCGCUCUUCUUGAAGCCAUCGACCAUGAAAAGUAUAAAAAUGGAGAGGUAUACGACUGGCUCGUGGUUCUCUCCAAAACUGCGUUUGUGCCUGUUGCGUUGCGGGCAGAUGCCAUACCUUACCGCAUCAUACUGAGAGAGCCUCGUCCGUUCCAACACCGCAAGCCCGAGAUGAGGCUUGAACCUGCUCAAGAAGUUACGCGGACACCGAGCCCGGCAACGCCCAGAAUGGGCAAGCGACCCGGCCGACCCGUUGGUAGCAAGUCGAGCCUACGCCCUGUCCAGUCGACCAAUAAACGGUCCCGUGCGCUCGACGGCGACGACACGGACACUGAAUCAGCGGCCAAAAGGUUGAACUUUUCGUCGGACCAGGACGGCGACGAGACCAUGGGCGAUGCCAAGUCGGAAGAGCUGGACAGUAUUCUUCAGAUUAAUGACUCGUCCGAUGCAUCGAGUGAGAAUGAGGACAUUGACGACGAGACCAAGCCUGUUAAGCUGGGCAUCCUCGCUGAAAAGCUGCCGGAUCCGAUGCCGACGGGAUAUCAGGGCACAUGGGUCUGUGACCAGCCAGACUGCGACUUUAUCGCGCGGGGCGGCGGCGAGGACGAGUUGGACGAUCGCAUCUCGGCGCAUCUGCAAGAGCACGAGCAGCUCGUGGACAGGAUGCAACUGGCCGUUGCGGAGAGCCGGGGACUGCUGCCCAUCAAGUAA